AUCAACAAGCAGAGCCAGUUCCUCCACUUGCUCUCCUAGACACUAUCACUCAGACUUCUUAAACUUCAAAAACAAGUCACAAUGCAAGAAUUCAUCAUCUUCACCACUAUAUUACUUCUAGUCACAACCUUCUAUUCAACCACCACUUUAGCCCAGGUGUCACCAGUUCAGGCUCCAGCAGCAUCGCCGGCGGUUCAGCCCACUGCACCAGCACCUGGAUUCAGUACGGUUCCUCUGGUACCCGCUUCACCAAAUGGUGCUCCGACACCGGCCAUCCCCAAACGUCCCACCAUUGAUAUUGUUCAAAUUCUGAGGAAGGCCAAGAGAUUCUCUGUUCUUGUACGUUUGUUGAAGACAACACAGCUCAUCAACCAACUCAACUCGCAGCUCAUGACCUCAGGCUCCGGCGGACUCACCAUUUUCGCCCCUGAGGACGGUGCAUUCUCCAAACUCAAACCAGGGUUCUUGAACUCCCUCAGUGACAGGCAAAAGGUCGAGCUUCUUCAGUUCCACACCAUCUCUUCCUUCGUCCAUCUCCAACUUCGAUACCUCACCAACCCAGUUCAGACCCAGGCCGGCGACGACCCGAAGAGACUUCAACUGAACGUCACAACUUCAGGCAGCAGCGGAGUGAGCAUGACCACAGGUGCGGUUAAUGCCACCGUGACAGGAACGGUCUACACAGACAACAAGCUUGCCAUAUAUCAGGUGGACAAGGUGCUUCUUCCACUAGACUUUGUGCUUCCUAAGGCUCCUGCACCUUCGCCGGCGGUGGCGGCGAAAGCAGAAUCGCCUAAAUCUGAUAACACGAAAUCGUCGUCUGCAAAUGAGAGUGAAGAUGGUGAUGGUAACGCCAACAAGCCAACACUGUGGAAUCUUCCGCAGGUUCUGUGAGUUUCCAGGAGAAUAUGGUGCCUCUUGUUCUGGGGAUCGCAUUUCUUGGUGGAACGAUGAUAUGAGCUAUGAAGUGAAAGCUGAUUCAGGAUUCCGUUCAAUUUUGUUUUUGUUUUUGUUUUUUCGUUUUUUUUUUUUUUGCUAUUUUGAUUGUUGUUGGGUUGCAUUUAUUUUAUAUCUCCUUUUCAUUUUGACGAGUUGAAAACUGAAAUUACAUUUUGAUUUGUUGUUUAUUCCUUAUCAAAUAAUUAAAAAAUUUGAUAAUUAUUAAGGGUGAUGGACAAACUUAGCAAGUUGGUUGUAUUUUGGACAUGUCAGAACAAAUUAAUAGGCUUGUUGUCCUCCUA